AUGCAUUCUUCGCUUUCCCGCUCGCAAGUUCACGAAAAAGAUGAUGACGAUGACGAUGAUGACGAUGGAGACGACGACAGCUGUGGGCCCGUCAUCGGGUCCGUGCCCGUGGCCCCAGCACCGUGUCUCUCGACUGUCGAGGGAACGCAAAAUCCAAACCGGUGCGAUGCACGGCCCAGCGCCACAUGCUCGCUCGCUGCGAAAGGCGAUGCUGCUGCGGCGAUGGCGAGGGACCCGCGCCCCCGUUUCGGGGACCGCUCGGACGGGUAA